AUGAAUUGCUCAGCUGCAGUGAGACGGCCACUCGGGCCCGUCAAGACCCUCCUGCGACAAAGCCGCCAGCAGAGGGUCCUGUUCCGGCGCUCAAUGGCCACCGAGACCGUCACACCUACCACAGACGCAGCCGCAGCAGGCUCGAUACCACCGCCCGGCCUCGCGACGAGGACACCACAGAGAUUCCACGUAAUCCCAUCCAACAACCCCGCCAAGCCCAUCCGCACCGCCUUCGCCGUCUACGCACCGCCGCCCUCGGCCCGGGCGGCGCACCCCUCGCCCCUGGUCUCGUACCACGCGCAGCAGAUCCGGCGCCUCGACCGCACCGGCGCCCGCACCCAGCUCUUCAGCAAGAAGAACCCGGACGCCGCCAAGGUGGGCGACGUGCUGCAGGUGUCGUCGAGCCGCGGCGAGCCCUUCGCCGGCGUCUGCCUGUCCAUCCGCCGCGCCGGCGUCGACACGGCCAUCCUGCUGCGCAACACCCUCUUCAAGACGGGCACCGAGAUGUGGUACAAGAUCUACAGCCCCACCGUCCAGGGCAUCGAGAUCAUCUGGAGGCGGCCCAAGCGCGCCAGGAGGGCCAGGCUGACCUUCAUGCGCCAGCCCCGCCACGACAUGGGCAACGUCGAGCACCUGGUCGACGCCUGGCGCAAGGCGAGGAACGUCUUCAGUAGCAAGUCGCAGAAGGGCGGCCAGAAGGGCGGCAGGGGCGGUGGCGGUGGCGGAAGGCCCAGCCAGGGACGCGGCAAGAGGUAG